GGGAUGAGAAUCGGUGCUGCGUAGAAUGAAAAAGAGAACCCGUUGGGGUUUCGUGGACUUUAAAGAGGGUGCGAAGGGAUAAAGAGAGCUGAUGAGUGAUGAAAGCAUAAGUAGCCGACUCGCUCUCUUGAAUUCUCACCUGUCUCCAAUGGCUUCCGAGAAGGAGGCUGCUCUUGCAGCCGUUCCCUCUGAUUCUCCUACCAUAUUUGACAAGAUCAUUAAUAAGGAAAUUCCAUCCAAGGUUGUGUAUGAGGAUGAUAAGGUCCUCGCUUUUAGGGACAUAUCUCCCCAGGCUCCCACACACAUACUAAUCAUUCCUAAAGUGAAGGAUGGGUUGACUGGACUAUCCAAGGCUGAGGAGCGGCACUUUGAGAUUCUUGGGCGCCUUCUUUACACUGCCAAGCUUGUUGCCAAGCAGGAAGGCCUGGAUGACGGCUUCAGGGUUGUGAUUAAUGAUGGGCCAAAUGGAUGUCAAUCGGUUUAUCACCUUCACAUCCACCUCAUUGGGGGACGACAAAUGAACUGGCCCCCUGGCUAAGAUUGGGCCGACAAGGUGUCAAUGGCAGUGAUAUUGUGCAUUGUCUGCCUCAUUGGUAACUAUCAAUAAGCAAGAAACUUGAACUUGAUACUGGGGACAGUUUUCCUUUAAUAGGCACGCACGUUAUAUGUGAUGCCCUGUUUGAUGCCUUUGGUCCGUACUUGUCUCCUUAUGUAGAUUUAAAGAAGGCGGCUAAUCAAAAAUAUUGAGUUUUGAUUGAAAUAAGUAUGCGAAAUGCAUUACACUUA